AUGAGACCCAUGGAUCCGUCCAAGGAGCUUGAAGCUAUCGUCCCCACUAUCAACAUGGACGUGAACAUGGACAUGGACAUGAGCGACAUCCUCGAUUUCUUACCCGUCCCCACUCUUGUUGUCUCCCCAUCCUAUCGUAUCCAACGAGCCUCAGUCGGUCUACUCGAGGCAUGGGGACGCGACCGCGAGGUACUCGUCGGCCAAGACCUCUUCACUGCCCUCUAUCACGGAUCGCCGACCAAAAGGUUUGACCGUAUUCCCUUUGUCUACGCGAUUGAAACUGCACUUGAAGCUCGCGCUCUCCGUUUAUGCCAUGCGGCCUAUAUCGCCAGUGGGAUUUCUUGGACUGCACGCAUCAUGCCCGUGCACAAAGGCGAUGAACUGCUGUGCCUUGUCAUACAAUGGGAACAAGCAGAGCCUCACACUACAACAGUCAACGGCGAAAUAACACAGAGCUGGCUGCCUAUCGACGACGCCUUCCGCAUCCUCGUCCAGGCUGUCAAAGAUUAUGCCAUCUUCCUGCUCGAUACUCGCGGGAACGUCAUGACUUGGAACACUGGAGCAGAGCUAAACAAGGGUUACAAGAAGGAUGAGAUCAUUGGCAAGCACUUCACAACCUUCUAUGGCGAAGAAGAUAUCCAAUCUCGAAAACCCGAAAGGGAACUCGAGAUUUGCUUGCGUGAAGGCCGGGUUGAGGAUGAGGGCUGGCGCUACCGCAAGGAUGGCAGCCGAUUCUGGGCCAACGUUGUUAUAACGGCCAUCUACAAGAACGACAUUCAUGUCGGCUUCGGAAAAGUCACCAGGAAUCUCACUGAAAGAAAAGAGGCAGAACUGCGACUGACCGCUGCUUAUGAGGAAAGCACCAAGCUGAAGAAUGAUUUCCUGGCAAAUAUGAGUCACGAGAUCCGAACACCUAUGCAUGGCGUACUCUCUGCCUGCUCACUACUACUGGAUAGUCCUCUCACAGAAGAGCAACGGGAGACGGCCAAUAUGAUCCAAGAGAGCGGACAGGUCCUAUUACGCAUCAUCAACGAUAUUCUCGACUACUCCAAGAUUGCGGCCGGAACCUUUCCCAUCAUGAAUGAGAGGUUGGAUAUAUCCAGUGUGAUCACGUCGGCUGUGCGGAGAGCCCAAACUACCGUGCAACCGGGAGUAUCUUUAAAGCUGGAACCAUCACCAUACUUACCAAAAUGGGCGGAAGGGGACGUUCUGAGAUAUCGCCAGAUCUUGGAGAAUCUCCUCAGUAAUGCUGUAAAGUUUACCGAGAAGGGAUAUAUCUCGGUUCAUGCUUCGGUACUUGCUGAAGACGAGACCACUCAUACAAUACGAACGGAGAUCUGGGAUACCGGGCACGGCAUCACAGAAACUGACGCGAAAGAGCUGUUCAAACCAUUCACGCAGCUUGAUACACCACACCAAAAGCGGCGCCCAGGAACAGGACUUGGGCUAUCAAUUGCGAAAUCACUUGUUGAGCUGCUGGGAGGGAGUAUAGGAUAUAAACCCAACUCGGAACGGCAGGGCAGCAUCUUUUGGUUCUCAUUCAAGGUCAAGAAGCUCAGCAGCCUUCGUCAGGCCGAACCUACUACCAUUCCACCGGGAGUCGGUGGGGAACUACCUCAACAACAGGUUCAAAAAGGCGAGGAUCUUGCCACGCAACUAGAACAGUUAUUGAAGAUCUCACCAACAAAGAGGAUACUUGCGGCCGAGGACAACAUCAUCAAUCAAAAGGUCCUAGUCGGGAUGCUGCAUGGCUUCGGAUUCAAAGACAUAACCGUUGUCUCAGACGGCGCUCAGGCUGUGUCGUCACUGUCAGCGGCGGCUAAUACCUUUGACUUGAUACUCAUGGAUAUCAGUAUGCCAGUCAUGAAUGGCUACGAGGCAACACUUCGGAUACGUCGUAGCAGCAUACGUCUACCUAUAAUUGCCAUGACUGCCUAUGCGCUGAAAGGCGAUAUGGAACGUUGCUUAGAGAAGGGGAUGGAUGAUUAUAUUCCCAAGCCAAUGGAUAAGCAAGUGCUGAUGAACAAGCUGUUGAAGUGGCUUCGGAGUCCAGGUGACAUAAUAUCAGAUCUCACUGUCAGACAGGAUUAG